CCAUUCCCCUCUCCUCCUUCUCUACCUCCUACUCCUGUCACACCGGCCCCUUUCACUUCACACAAUCACGCUGCCCGACCCGGCCCGUCUUCGUCUGCAGUCGCACGUGCGCUGAGACGCCGAGGAUCGCGCGAGUGACCGCGGGAUUCGGCGAUGCGCGCCCGGGCCCGAGAGCUGAUGAGACCCUCGGCUGGCCGGAGUCCCAGCGACGGAUAUGGUGAUGGACGUCCACCCCAAGAUGCGGUGGUUGACUGUGAUGAUGUGCCUUUAUGCGGUGAAUGCUCGUACCGAAGAAGAUCAGUCUUUAGCGUCAAAUACACACGAAGUGCCGACGAUUAAUCCAAUACCGGAAAAGUGUUUCUAUGGAGCACCGACGGAAUGUCCUCCGGCAGGCUCCAAUCCUUGUAAAAGGAUAACAUUGACAAACAUAAGCACUGAGAACGUUGCUGUUUUGUGUUGUAAUUUAUCAAAUCCAACAGACUUCGAAGUUGCUUUAUAUCGCGCAAAUUUUCCAACAAACGUAUCCUACAUUCACAUUCGAAAUGCUACUUUAGACUUCAUCAAUACUACGGAGGUUCGAUGGAGAAUGUUAAAAUCAUUGGCUAUAACCGAUGGCAGGAUUCAUCGAAUCAAGGGACAGUUUUUGAUGAUGACACCGAUUCUUUGCCUCAAUUUCUCAAAUAAUGCUCUCCUCGAAAUGGAGAACAACUCGUUAAUAAGACUUGCCCAAUUGACAACGUUAGACCUCUCUUAUAAUAAUUUGACGCACCUACCAGCGUUAAAUAUAAUGAAUGGUCGAGAAUUUUGGCUUGACAUUUCUGGAUCGAACACUUUGCUAUGCCACGACAUUUAUCAAAAUAUUAAUAAAACUGGAGAAAAUCAAAUUGUUUUUAAUCGAGAAAACGAGACCGUUUGUUCUUCGAGCAAAACUUGGCAUUGGUUCAAUGCAACUGCCCAAGUACCUUUGAAACAAGUACGUUAUCUCAGUUCGUUGCAAACCGAAUGCCCGAAAGGAGAAAAUUGGCAGUGUGUUUGUGCGUUUAGUAGACUGGAACUCCUUAAAGAUAAACUGCCAACAUUUGCCGUUAGCGUCGAUUGUAGCAAUAUUCAAUUAACACAACUUCCAGAAAAGUUACCUCGCAAUACGAUAUCUCUUAAUGUUUCCUUUAAUAAUAUUACGGUUCUGGAUGAACUGAGCACAAAUCCUAGUUACGAUGGACUCAGGGAGUUCAUCGCCGACUAUAACAAUAUAUCGUCCAUAAAUAAAUUGGAAGGUUCCAAAUUUUUGGAUAACUACGCCUUUCUUAGUUUGAGAUAUAAUAAAAUUAAAUCACUGCCCACAUAUAUAUUGGCAACUAAUGCUUACGAUAAAAGCUAUAGUAGCAAUAGAUAUGGUGUUAGAUUCGGAGGAAAUGAAUUGCAUUGUGAUUGCAAUACAGCAAAAUUUUUAAAGGUUUGGCUGCAGACGCGAAUAUUAGAUUAUGACGAAGUUCUCUGCGAAAACGUUAAGGAAAAAGUUGUCGAUUUAGAACCGUCAAAAAUGUGUGUUUAUCCUGGAGAUUGGACAGACUAUAUCUAUUAUAUUAUUGCUACCGAAGUUUUAUUAUUAAUAGGUCUUAUAGCUAAAGUGUCAUAUGAUUAUUGGGUAUUUAAGACAGCAGGAUAUCUGCCAUGGCCAGCUAAUAAAAUGCCCAAACUUCCUUGUGAUUGGUUAUGUGAGACGUAAAGUAGUUGCAAUUUAUUAGUUAAUUACGAUACAAUUCGAACACUUAAGAGUGCCAAAAUAAUUAUAAAUAAAUGGA